AUGGAAGAAUUAAGUGACAUCAAUGACGACAGUGGCAGUAAUAACAGCAGUAAAAGCAAUGGCAGCAAUGAAAGCAAUGACGACAAUGAAAACAGUAAAAGCAAUGACAGCAGUGGCAGUAAUGAGUUGCCAGUAGACAAAAAUUAUGUGUAA